AUGGUUGUCCGAUACGAAGCAGAGUAUCUGCUAUACUUGCGGGAGUCACCAUUAUGUACCAAACCUUCAAGUCUCCCUCCAGCUGAGGAGUGGAUGGGACCCCCACCUGAACCAAAUCGCACGCAGAACAAGGUCACCAACGAUCGACCUCGAUCCAACGACAGCCCUCUGCUUGAACAAGCUAAUCGCCGUCCUGGUGUUGAAAGACAUGUUUCAAGGAACAGUGCCAACCCUGAGGACCUUGUCUUCGCACCCCCUCGAACAGCUUUUGCCUCUGCGCGAGGCAAAUCAGCCCUUGAGCCCGACAAAGUCGCUAAAGAGUCCGAGGCUCCUGGCCGUUUUGGCAACUUCCGAAGCCGCAACGGAGACCUAGACGUCGAUCGAUUCCGCGAUGGUCGCAACAAUAACGGUCUACGUCGUCGUGAUGGCGAGAGCGAAACAGAGGGCUGGAGCACGGUGAAGCCUCGCAAGAGUUUUGGACAUGAAGGUGCCGAGCGUUUUCACGGCCGUAUGGGAGGCAACUUCCGAGACGAGAAGCGUCAGCCCAAAGAUCGUGAGGACCGCGAUGCUAUUCGAGACCGCCCUGUACGAACUUUCGACGGUUUUGCCAGAGAUUCAGAGGACAGCGAGGGACGGCCGCGCAACGGAAUCAACAGAAACAAAGUCGAGCCUUGGUAUAAGAACGAGUCUAAUGUCGCUAUCACGCCUGCUGCCGAAGCAACGACCACGACCCCCGAUAAGCGUGAACGUAUUGACCGCGCCAAGAGCUGGAGAGAUCGCGAAGCUCUCGCCGAUGCUGCUGAUGAUCGCAACAAUAACAGCAACAAUAAUCGCACGAAUGACAGACGCUGGGGGCGGGAUCGUGAUCAGCGAGUCGAGCGUGAGCCUGAAUGGCUAGACGAACCUCUUGAGGAACUUCCCGAAGCCCAUACUCAACAGGAUUUCCAGAAGUGGAUGGAGGAGAUGAAAAAGCAGAGGGAGGAAAAGGAUGGGAUCUCUAGUAAGCCUGCGCACGUCGAACCGGCAGAGGCCAUGAUCGAAAUGGAAAAGCCCCCUGUUCAAUCUGCUCCCGCUGCUCCAUCUGCGCCAGACAAGUUCUUCGAAGCUUAUGGGGCAACUCUCGAAACACCACGUGCGGAAGAGAACAGGAACCCCGUCGCGGGGUCCAAGGCGACCGCUAAAGCAUCGAGAUUUACGUCCUUCUUUGCCCAGCCCCAGGAGGAAGUUCGAGGAAGGACAGAGCCCCCGACCCCUAUGGCUGGACCUCCCAUGCAUAGUGGUAUGCCCUUACCUAUGCCUUUUCCUGGCGGUCCUGCUCCAUCUGGCGGACCCGACGAUGAGCGACAGGCCUUCCAGCAAUUGCUUGCGAAGCUGCAGAAGCAGACCAUGAGUGCUACACCCCCAGGCCCUUCGCCCUUCGCAGUCCCUCAGGGAACGCCACCAAAUGUCGGCCGACCUAACAUAAUUACUUCACCGGAUUCGCCUUUCCAGCAGUAUGGACCCGAUAGACGUAUGGAAGGUCCUCUUGGUCGACCUCCGCCACACCACGUCCAAGAGAUUCUUGCUCCUCGACCCCAGCAACAAGCUGCCCGUCCCGAACAGCUUCUCCAGGACCUCGUUGGCCAACGCCAGCGUGCUCCCAGCCAAGGCUCUGGCCGUCCCGAUGCUGCUCGUAACAACAGUAACACCGAGUUCUUGAUGAACCUCAUGAGAGCACCCCAAGAGGCUCCACGCAACGACUUGUUGAUGCGCAUGGGUCCGCAGCAACAAAAGCCAGGGCAUAUGCCUCAGGAGCCUGAUUUCCCCAGAGAUGACCGUGGCCCCCAACGUCAAAUGCGACCCCAGCCACCACCUGGCUUUCCUAUGGAGGAACGAUUUCACAACCCUCCCGACGCUGAUUCUCGGCCGAAUCAGCCCACGCAAAUCUUGCAGCGUCCACCACCCCCUCCCGGUCUGGACCAUCAGAUGCCACCCAGCUGGAUGCCCGCUGGUCAGAUGCCUCCUCCUCAGCAACGAGGACCUAUGAUUCCUCCUCCAGGACUUCCUGGCGGUCCUGUAGGUCCUGUAGGCCCUGGACCUAACCGUAACAUACAUAUGCCUCAUAUGUUCCCUCCCAGCUUCCCGCCCGGCGUGAUGCCUCCCCCCGAAGCUCUGGGUGGUCCUCCACCCCGCAACAUGCCCCCUCCUCCCCCUGGCUUCUUUGGCGGCCCGCCUCACGGAUUUAUCCCCCCUGGCCUUGGCGGCUUCAAUGGACCCCCUGGACCGGACUUCCCUGGCAGUCCUUUCGAAGGACGUGGCAUGCCUCCUACUGGCAACCCUGGCCGUGGCGCGGCCUUUGGCAGACAUCAGUGA